AGCAUACAUUUCUCAACACUCUCCCACCAUAUAAAGGAAAACCCUGUACAAAGGGCUAGGUUUCACUUGAUUCUGAGGAAAAGCAUUUCUGUAUAUAACUUCCAGGGGAGCAUGAUGCUUAAUUUCUACCUAGGUUUGCUUCUUGCUGGGCUCAUUUGUUUUUCCCACUGUCACCAUCUCCCUACUCACCAUGAGGAGGGCCAUGACCACCAGCCUCCACCGGAAGAUCACAAUAAUUUGUCCUACCUGAAGAUAGUGCCUAGCAAUGCCGACUUUGCCUUUAAAUUUUUCCAUCAAGUUGUUUCUGAAAAUGCUGGCAAAAAUGUUGUUUUUUCUCCAAUGAGCCUAUCUACUGCUUUUGCCCUGGUGUCAAUGGGAGCCAAGGGUGCCACUCUGAAUCAGCUUUUUUCAGCGCUUGGUUUCAACCAGACAGAGAUCAGUGAGCAGGAAAUACAUGAGGGUUUUCAUUAUCUUCUCCACUCGCUAAAUCUCCCACGGUUGGAAACUGAUCUGCGUAUUGGAAAUGCCCUUUUCCCACAUGACAAGAUGAAAGUCCUCCAGAAGUUCUUAGAUGAUGCCAAACAUUAUUAUCAGGCCGAUAUUUUCCCCACUAACUUUAGUAAUGCCACAGAGGCUGAGGUACUGAUCAACAGCUACAUCGAAAACAAAACCCAAAUAAAAGAUGUUAUUCGGGGUCUUCAACCAGAAACUCUGAUGGUUCUUGUAAACUAUAUCUUCUUGAAAGCCUACUGGAAAAACCCUUUCAAUGUUGCGAGUACGCAAGAAGAUGACUUCUUUGUGGAUGAGCAAACAACAGUAAAGGUCCCCAUGAUGAAUAAAGACACAUAUUUUAAGGCUUACUAUGACAAGGAUUUGUCCUGCAUGGUGGUUGAGCUCCCUUACAAGGGUGAUGUUUCAGCGCUCUUCAUUCUGCCUGACAGAGGGAAACUGAAAUUGGUGGAAGAUGCUCUGGGGAAGGAUGUCUUGAACAAAUGGAAGAAAUCAAUGCGAGAACAGAGAAUAGAUCUCUUCCUUCCAAGGUUUUCUAUAGACAGUAAAUAUAAUGUUAAAGAAGUGUUACAAAGACUGGGUGUUACUGAUGUGUUUGAAAAUUAUGCAGAUUUAUCGAGAAUUACCGGGGAGCCAGAGCUGAAGGUGUCCAAGGCUAUUCACAAGGCCCAUCUGAAUGUCUAUGAGAAUGGGACAGAAGCUGCAGCAGUCACGGUCAUUGAAUUUGUUUUGACAUCCAUGCCUCCCACAGUCAAAUUCAAUACUCCCUUCCUGGCUAUUAUCUCUCAGGAGGAGAACAUGUUAUUCAUGGCAGCCAUCAACAAUCCCACCGAGAAAUAAUCAUGAGAUCCACGCUCUUUCAAUAUCACUGACAUUGUAGUACUUCCCAAAUAUAGAAAACAUAUAUGAAAAUAUGACUUGGUGUCAUUUCCUUGUACUGAUGGGAUAAUUAAAGUCUAUGGAACAAUUUCA